AUGAAAGAUACUCCUCCUGCUGCGGCUCCAACAGGCGAUGUGGACACGAGGAAUGUAGUAAAAAACAGAGAACUUCUAUAUCGUAUGAUUAUAAGUCAACUUCACUAUGAUGGAUUUCAACCUAUAGCCGCAACAUUAUCUGCUACUGUGCAUGCUGAUCCACCAUGUCCUCCGAGUGACAGAUUACUCAACCUAAUGAUGGUUGGUCUUCAACAUGAGCCAGACAGAAAAGACAGACUGGCAGCAUCUAGUGGUGCGGAGCAUUUACUCGGAACUACAGGAUUUGAUUUGGAGUUUGAAAUGGACGCGUCAUCCCUUGCCCCGGAGCCUGCGACGUAUGAGACGGCGUACGUGACGUCACACAAGAUGGCGUGUCGCGCGGGCGCGUUCAGUGCGUGCGGACAGCUAGUGGCGACUGGUAGUGUUGAUGCUAGUAUAAAGAUAUUGGAUGUAGAGCGUAUGUUGGCAAAGUCAGCCCCUGAAGAAGUGGAUCCGGGGAGAGAGCAACAAGGACAUCCUGUUAUACGAACUUUAUAUGACCAUACAGAUGAAAUAACAGCGUUAGAUUUUCAUCCCCGAGAGCAAAUCUUGGUGUCAGCAUCCCGGGACUGUUGCAUCAAAUUGUUUGACAUAACGAAGGCUUCCGCUAAAAAAGCUUAUAAGUCUAUAACAGAUGCAGAACAGGUGCUCUGCGUAGCUUUCCAUCCUCUCGGAGAUCACAUCAUAGCAUCUACCACUCACCCCGUGAUACGGCUAUACGAUGUCACUACGAGUCAGUGUUUCGUCUGCCCCAUACCGUCGCACCAUCAUAAGAAACAAGUUAAUAGUAUUAAGUUUUCCCCGAACGGUAAAUAUUUUGCGAGUGGUAGUGCCGAUGGUACGGUCAAGUUGUGGGACACAGUGUCUAACAGAUGUUUCAACACAUUUAACGCCCACGACGGGGCUGAGGUGUGUUCGGUGGCUUUUACCAGAAAUAGCAAGUAUCUCCUAACAUCUGGUAUGGAUUCGUCGAUUAAAUUAUGGGAAUUGGCGAGCAGUCGGUGUCUUAUACAAUACACUGGGGCGGGGACUACAGGUAAGCAAGAGCAUCAUGCCCAAGCAGUGUUCAAUCACACGGAGGACUAUGUGAUGUUUCCCGACGAAGCGACUACUUCACUUUGCACGUGGCAUUCGAGAAGUGCGAGCCGUUGUCAGCUUAUGUCCUUGGGGCAUAAUGGGGCUGUUAGGUAUAUAGUGCAUUCGGGUACUGCCCCAGCAUUUUUGACGUGUAGCGAUGACUAUAGAGCAAGGUUUUGGUACAGACGUAAUACUCAU